UAUAAAUACACACAUUUUUUUUCCCUAUAUAAUAUUAAAACCAUCAAAACAACUCUCUAUCUAUUCUUUCAACAAUCUCUCUCUCUAACAUUUUCUUUGUUGUGAUGCCUUCAAGAGUUUUACAAUGGUUAAGCCUUGUAGGAAUCAUAUGGUUACAAGCCAUUAAUGGAACCAACACCAAUUUCCCAGCUUACUCUUCCCAACUCAAACAUGCCUUCUCCAUGUCCCAACUCCAACUCAACAACCUCGCUUUCGCCUCCGAUGCCGGAAAACUCUUCGGUUGGUUUUCCGGCAUUGCUUCCGUUUACCUUCCCCUUUGGCUUGUCCUUCUCAUAGGCUCAGUUCUCGGUUUAAUCGGUUACGGUCUCCAAUACCUCUCCAUAACAAACCAAAUCUCAUCUCUUUCUUACAUCCAAAUCUUCAUUCUCACCGUCUUAGCCGGUAACAGCAUAUGCUGGCUCAACACUGUCUCUUACCUCGUAGCAAUUAGAAACUUCCCCCGCCGUUACCGUCAACUCGCCGUUGGUGUAACGACGAGUUAUCAAGGAUUAAGUGCCAAGAUUUAUACUGACGUGGCAAGUUCUAUAUUCUCUUUCAGUAACGGUACUACUGAGAAAGCCCAGGCUUACCUUCUUCUCAACUCUGUUUUACCACUGGGAGUUACCGUUAUAACGGCUCCGUUUGCUAGAGUAAUGAAAGUAGGAACAGUAGCCAGGGAUGGUGGUGGAGACAUGAACGUUGGGUUUGUUGUAAUGUUUGUUAUAACUAUAAUUACUGGUGUUUAUGCUGUGAUUAGUAGUUUGGGGUUGAUUAUGUCAAGCUCUGCUCUUAAAAGGGUUAUUGGUACAUGUGUUUUUCUAUUGGCACCGCUUUUGAUUCCUUUGGCUGAGAAAAUUCGACAAGUGUUUGAGAAGUAUUAUAGCAGUGUGAUUAAUAGGGAGACCAGAGUUUACCAUUUUACUAUAGAUGAUGAAAAUAGUAAUAAUGAUGUGGAAACUGAUCGAUUGGAUCGUGAGGGUUCCAAAUCUGAACGAGGUAGUCAAGAUGAUCAAAAUGGUAGAGAAAGAGAAGUAGUAAUGAUCAACGGUCAGGAUGAUCAUGAUGAUGAUGAUGAUGGUGAUGGUGUUGGGGCUAGAGAGGAGAUUGGAGUUAAAAAGAUGCUAUUAAGGAUUGAUUUCUGGUUAUAUUUUUUCUGUUAUUUUUUUAGUGCUACACUUGGUUUAGUGUUCUUAAACAACUUGGGUCAAAUAGCUGAAUCUCGAGGGUCCAAUAAUACAUCUUCUUUAGUUUCAUUGUCUUCUGCCUUUGGAUUCUUUGGUAGACUCAUGCCUUCACUUUUAGACUAUUUCUUCUCAAGGAGGAGAAAGUCAUCAGUGGUUUCAAGUCCAGCUUUAAUUGCUAUCUUAGUAGCUCCAAUGGGAGGAGCUUUCUUAUUAUUACUCAACUCAACACACAUUGUUUUAUACAUAAGUACAGCUAUUAUAGGAGUUUGUACAGGAGCAAUUACUUCAGUUUCAGUUUCUACAACUUCAGAGCUAUUUGGUGCUAAAAAUUUCUCAGUGAAUCAUAAUGUUUUGGUAGCUAAUAUCCCAAUUGGGUCAUUUGUUUUUGGCUAUUUGGCUGCUCUUCUCUACCACCAACAAGGAAAUGGGCGAUCAGAUGGGAAAUGCAUAGGAACAAAAUGCUAUAGAGACAGUUUCCUCAUUUGGGGUUCUCUCUGUUUUCUUGGCACGAUUUUGGCUAUAAUUUUAUGUGUUCGUACACGCAAGUUCUACUCCCAUACAUCAUAAUUAAUUUUGUGUCACAAAUAUAUAUACAUAUAUAAAUAUAUACAAUAGGUCUAUAUUUAUAUAUUUAUAUAUUGUAUGAGAGUACACUUUUUUCUUCAUAAGUGUCUCAAUGAAAGUGUCACAUAUUUUUGGUU